UCGCUCUGUCAGUGGCGGCUGCUGCCUGCUCCGGAGGCGGGCUGCGCUGUGGCGGCCGAAGCUGGCAGAGCUGGGCGCCAGCGCCGGGCUUUGCCCGCUUCUACUUGAAGCUGUGAAUUCCUUUGGACAACUGAUGAUAUUUAUCAUUGUGCCCAGUUUCUACAAAUAAAAAAAUGGGUGGAUUAUUUUCUCGAUGGAGGACAAAACCUUCAACUGUAGAGGUUCUGGAAAAUAUAGAUAAGGAAAUUCAAGCAUUGGAAGAAUUUAGGGAAAAAAAUCAGAGAUUACAAAAAUUAUGGGUUGGAAGAUUAAUUCUCUACUCUUCAAUUCUCUAUCUGUUUACAUGUUUAAUUGUAUACUUAUGGUACCUUCCCGAUGAACUUACAGCAAGACUUGCCAUGACACUCCCAUUUUUUGCUUUCCCAUUAAUCAUCUGGAGCAUAAGAACGGUGCUUAUUUUCUUCUUUUCCAAGAGAACAGAAAGAAAUAAUGAAGCAUUGGAUGAUUUAAAAUCCCAGAAGAAAAAAAUACUUGAAGAAGUCAUGGAAAAAGAAACUUAUAAAACAGCUAAAUUAAUUCUUGAAAGGUUUGAUCCAGACUCAAAGAAAGCAAAGGAGUUGGAGCCGCCAUCUGCUGGAGCAACUAUAACUGCAAGACCUGGACAAGAGAUUCGUCAGCGACCUGCAGCUCAAAGAAACCUUUCUCCAGCACCAGCAGGCUCUAGCCAGGGCUCUCCCCGCAAAGUUCCAGUAUCUCCUGGACCACCAAAGGACACUUCGGCCCCUGGUGGACCCCCAGAAAGAACUGUUAUUCCAGCCCUAUCGUCAAAUGUGUUACCAAGACGUUUUGGAUCCCCUGCUACUUCAGUGCCUGGAAUGGGUCUUCAUCCUCCUGGUCCACCUUUAGCAAGACCUAUUCUGCCCCGAGAACGAGGUGCUCUGGAUAGAAUUGUUGAAUAUUUAGUUGGUGAUGGUCCACAGAACAGGUAUGCCCUUAUAUGUCAGCAGUGUUUUUCUCACAAUGGCAUGGCUUUGAAAGAAGAAUUUGAAUACAUUGCUUUUCGUUGUGCCUACUGUUUUUUCUUGAAUCCUGCAAGAAAAACCAGACCCCAGGCUCCAAGACUUCCAGAGUUUAGUUUUGAGAAGGGGCAGACUUUAGAAGGCUCAAGCACAGUUGGUUCCUUGCCCUCAGGAAGUGUGAUUUCAUCAGAGAACCAGAUAAGUGAAGAAUCUUUAGAAGAACAAGACGUUCUAGAUAACAGUACAGAGCAGACAGAUGACAAAAUACCGGAUACAGAGCAGACAGACCCAGUGAUUGAACAAGCAUCUGGCACAGAGAAACCAGAGGAGAAGCAAGAAGAGACCGAGAAUGGGGAAACCUCAAUGAAUAAAGCCAAAUCAACAGUUCCCAGAGCUGAUGCUAUUCCUAAUCCUGAACUAAGUGGAGAAUCUUUGACAAUAUAGUAAAUGCUUCCACGUGCCUUCAACUGGAUAUUUGUAGUCUUGUUGAUGUCAGUUAUUGCUUUCUUAGGUGGUGCUUUCUUUUUAUUUUCCCCCUCUAAAGACAUGCUUGAUGUCAUCUGAAUUUCAGAUUGCCUAGCUAUUUCAAUAUGUCAAAGUUAUGUCUACUGGCUAUUAAAAUUAAAAGCAAGUGAUAUCAGUAAAGUAAAAUCCUUUUUAAUGUAUAAAACCCACACUGUUUAGACAGGUUUUAGGUAUUUUUUUCCAUUCUAAAUGUAAACAAAUAUGAUAGCAGUUUUUUUUUUUAUUUGUGACCUGUAAAUACUAUCCAUUUUGACAUAGGAAGAACUUUGGUUAGUAAUAAGUUCUAAUAGCGUUUGUUUUAAGGAAUGAAACUCAAUUAAGAUUUUUAAUACUACAUCAUUAAAAUGGAUAGAAUUUUAACUCUUGAGAUAUUUUCCAGGGGGUAAAAUGUCUAUUUAGGCAUUUAUAUUAAGAGCUAUGAAAGUUAUUACAGUAACAAUAUAGGCAUUGGUAUGAAUUCUCAGUAAGAAUGCAGUCGAACAGUCAAGUGCAGUGUUACUUUUGAUGUUUCUUUUUUUGCACCUGGGCCAGAGGUACCUGAUAUUUAUAAUUAGCUUAUGUUUACAUAUUAACAUAUAGGAACUAUCUCUGCACUUAACUGUACUUGAAUUUUGAGCAUUAUUUAUAUUUGUAAAAUAAUGAUGAUAUUAUAAGUGAAUUUUGUGCUCUCUUGUGUAUUUUGUUAAGGAAAAUAAAGAUGAUGUGGCAGCAA